AUGUUUUCAGUAGAGAUUUAGACAUCGAAGCGCGUUGUUGCCGGUGGCCACUGUGCCCAGAAAUUCAGAUUUGUUUUGAAAACAAGAAUUACAGAUAGCUCAAGAUGCCUAUGAAGAGCUUGAGUGUUUUGCUGCCUGGCCUAAAAUGGCUGCAAGGAUAUACGGCGCAGGAUGCGGUGGCUGAUCUGAUAGCGGGCAUUACGGUGGGCCUGACGGUGCUGCCACAAGGCUUGGCCUAUGCCACGCUGGCCGGCCUGGAGCCGCAGUAUGGCCUCUACUCCGCAUUCGUGGGCGGCAUAGUGUACGCAUUGCUGGGCAGUUGUCGCCAGGUGACGAUUGGACCGACAGCAUUGUUGGCUCUCAUGACCAGCCGGCACACGGGCUUUGGCCUGGACUCGGGUCCAGCCUAUGGAAUACUAUUGUGCCUAAUCUCAGGCAUUGUGGAGCUGGCAAUGGCUGUGCUCAAGCUGGGCGCCCUGGUGGACCUCAUUUCGUUGCCCGUUACAGUGGGCUUCACGUCGGCAACGGCUGUCAUCAUAGGCACCUCGCAGCUGAAGGGUUUGUUGGGUUUGCGUGGCGGCUCAGGGUCGGAUUUCUUGAAUACCAUGCGCUCUGUUUUCGGCAAUCUGCACAAGGUGCGUUAUGGAGAUCUGACAUUGGGACUGGUCUCCAUAUUUGUGCUUCUGCUGCUGCGAAGAUUGAAGAACGUCAAGCUGGCAAAUCGCGUGGGCAACUUGCGGGCUCAGCAGCUGCUCAGCGGCAGCAUUUGGGUCAUAUGCACCGGACGCAAUGCACUCGUUGUGCUUAUGUCUAGCGUGCUGGCUUAUAGCCAGUGCGGCCAGCAGACGGACUGUCCAUUCAUACUCACGGGCAAGGUGAAGAGUGGCUUGCCGAGCUUGGCGCUGCCCAAGUUCGAGACAACAAUUAUUGGCCAGAAUGGCACAGAGGAGCAUCAGAAUUUUGAGGAUAUGCUUUCGGAACUGGGACCCUCCAUGCUGAUCCUGCCCAUAAUUGCUGUGCUUGGCAACGUGGCCAUUUCGAAAGCUUUUGGCGGCGUCGGAUUGAGUCCGACGCGCGAGCUGGUCGCCCUCUCGCUGAGCAACAUUUGUGGAUCCUUUUGCAGCUCGAUGCCAGUCACCGGGUCCUUCUCGCGCAGCGCUGUCAAUCAUGCGAGUGGAGUGCGUACGCCCAUCGGGGGCUGCUAUACGAGCUUGCUGGUGCUGCUGGCUCUGGGUCUGCUGGCUCCCUACUUCCAGUAUAUACCCAAGGCGGCGUUGAGUGCUGUCAUCAUUUCGGCUGUGAUAUUUAUGAUUGAGUUUGAGGUCAUUCGGCCGCUGUGGCGGUGCAGCCGGCGUGAAUUGCUGCCGGGCGCAAUCACCUUUGUCAUGAGCUUGGCAAUAGGCGUGGAGAUUGGUCUGCUGCUGGGUGUUGGCGCCGAUGUCGCUUUCCUCGUUUAUCGGGCAGCCAGACCAGUUCUGACCGUCUCCAAAUUGCAGACAAUCAAUGGGAUUAGCUAUAUUCUGAUACGGCCCAAGCACAGUUCGCUGUAUUUUCCGGCCAUCGAGUGGGUGCGCAAUGGCAUCUCAAAGGCGCUCUCCACGCACGGCACAGCGCCCGUUGUCCUGGACUGCGCGCAGGUGCAUGAUUUCGAUUUCACAGCCGCUCGCGGCAUGGGUAAUCUGCACAAGGAGCUGGCCAAGGCGAAUGUGCCGCUGUUCCUGAUGGGCGCAGACAAGAAUAUUGGCGUCAUACUGAAAGAGUCGACAAAUAUUGAUUUUCCCACGAUAGAUUGUCCCAAUGAUCUGGAGUUCAUUCUGGAGCACACUCCCAAUUAUGAGCUGCAUUUGCAAGUGACUGCACCGCUGGUGGACUCAAACGCCGACAACAUAGUCACUGAACUGAGCACACUGAGUGCAAAAAGUACGUGAACAUAUCGAAGCUUCGCUUAUAAACAAAAUUGCUUACGAUGAAGCGCACACAGUUGGAGCUGCCGUCACAAUUUAAUACUCUUCCAAAGCAGCUAUUUUUUACCUCUAUGUCUAAGCCUUCUCACAGUUCUAGUUAAGUUUUUAACUGCCACACAUCCUAUUGGUUCGUUGUCAUUCCUCUAUUUAUACCCCAAUCGAAUAACUAACUUAUUGUAAAUUGUAAAUAUGAUUUAUGUUGUCCAUGUUCAAUUAGAUUAAGUUAUGCUAACUUCAGUUGCACUGCAUACGGGAUAUUUUAUUACGAAUUCAAAAG